CUGGAUUAGGUCUAGGCUGGGGUUGGGUUUGAUGGUGGAGAUCUUAUGAGAUCAGUUUUUCUCUGGAGAGCCAAACCUGGGCCAUGAAACGGGCCUUUUCCUGUUUUGGAUCCAAUGCAGAACUCACUGCAGGAGCCAGGAAGGUCUUGUGGUUACGGCACAGGUGAGCUGGGUUCUUUCACCAUAUCUGCUAUGGAGUCACCUCGUGGGACCUGAGGCAAAUCACUUACUAUCUCUGGGCUUCUGUCUCCAGUGCUGCAGUGGGGAUAACAGCACCUUCCUUUUCCUGCCCCUUGUCUGUCUCCGCUUCUUAGGCAGCAGGUUCUGUGGGGUAGGGACUGUCCAGUACCAGUGCCUAGCACAAUGGGGCCCAGACACUGUUGUGUCCUGUAGCACCCUGUAAUAAUGAUAACGAAGAAGUAAAUGGAUGGAGUGAUGAACAUGAGACCCUUGCCUUGAAGGGGUUUGGAUCUGAGAUACCACUUCGGGUCCAUGCCUAGUGUUAAAACUGUAUAAACAUUCCCUCCCCGUGUUUUAACUCUUCGUGAAUUUGGGCACAGCCAGUUCUUUUCCUGAGCGAUGGCUCAAGCAGCAGGGCAGGCUCUGAACGUGUUAAUUAUGCAUGUGCCAGUUGUUUCUGUUUCCUGUUGUGACUUCUCAUUUUCCUUUGCCAGCUGAGCUGGCUGAGCUCAAACCAUUGUUGUUAAUCCCACAGGGCUGACUGGUCUCCAACCUACAGCCCUGCAAAUGGCUUUCUGCACGUCGGCGUGGCUUCAGCUGCUGAGCUUGUUGCUGGGUGUCUCUUCCAUGGACAAGUCAGGGGCCGGGGGGGCCGAGGAGUUCCGGCUGCUACAGCCCCAGGACGCCGUGCGGGUGUCCGCGGGAGAGAUUCUCACUCUGACCUGCUCUGUGACCGGCCUCGGUCCAGCAGGACCCGUGAAGUGGUUCAAGGGCUCGGGCGGGGGCCGGCAGCUCGUUUAUGCAGAGAGGGGAUCAUUCCCCCGGGUGACGCGGGCUGCGAAUGGCUCUAACACAGACUUCACCAUCCGCAUCAGUGACACCCGCCCCGCGGACGCCGGGACCUAUCGCUGUGUGAAGUUUAAGAAGGUGUCGGGAGCCGGAGAGGAGGAUAAGAAGGGGUCGGCAGCCGAUGAGGAGUUCAGAUCCGGCGCGGGCACGGCCGUGACUGUGAGCGGUGAGGAUCGCCACCAGGUUGCUGUGUCUGCUGCUGCCGGGACAGUCUGUGUCCUCCUUGUCGUUUUAGUCCUUGUCUCCACUUACUUCUUUGUGAGAAAGAAGAGAGGCAGGAGCCCCUCCACAGCCAGGUCUCAGACUCCCUUUCCGGAUACCACGAGGACUCAGAGCCAGCCCAGUGAUGACAAAGACCCAGACGUGCUCUACGCUGACCUGCAGCACCCGGCCAGGCUCCAGCAGCCCAAGCAGAGCGCCCCAGAAGAACAUUCUGAAUACGCUGCCAUUAAGGUAACCCCGGCCAUUGCCACGUAGAGGGAGAAGGCAGCGUGGCUCUGGGCAGCCUCGGAGAAAGACUUAAAGAGCUGCUGUCGGAGAAGGAAGCUGCAGCUCUCUGCCGGGCACAGCGAGAAAGGAGAAGUGAGGGCAGGCUCUAAAAUUCUAUCAUCCGAGUCACUCAAGGUCUUCCCCGUGGGGGGCCCGGAACUGACACAGCGUCUCUUGUUCCCCCUGGCACUUUGUUUCGAUUUCGCUGUCAGCGUGGGUGUGACUCCGAAUCGGGGGAACUCAUGACCUGGAAAGUCAGCAGCCACCUGGCAUGUUCCUGUUUUCACAAACAAUUAAAGAUUUCAAUUAUAUUCUCUCUAAGCAGAGCCAACGGCGAUUUGCCCUGUGAAAUCUGAGCCGCGGCCUUUGAACGGAUGGUAUUGGAGGCCAGCACAAGAACUGCCCCUGUGAUUUCUGAGGUUGCUCUUAGGAGGAAGUCUUCUAAGGGUGGGACACACACAUAGGGCUGACUUCUCUUUUUCCCAGGGGGUCCUCCACCCCCAGGCCCCGCCCCCACGCCGCCCCUUCCUGCCCAACAUCCGUGGGGGCUCCUGGCUGCAGUCCAAAAUGACAAACCAAACAAUCCUGCAGCCCACAAAACAGCCCGGGCUCGCCCCGCGCAAGGCAAAUCGCCCUUGGGAAGGGAGGCUGGGUUUCUAACCCCUCGGGCGUCUGGGGGGACCCUGGGCUCUCGGGGAAGCAAAGCAAACUGGAGAUGGCCCCUCUACCUCUCCAGAGGAUCCAGCAGCAGAAGCUCUUCAGCAGCUUUCCUGACCCACAGCUCCUUCUCAGAGGGGUUUGGGAGCUCCAGCCCUGCUUUCCUCCGAGUGCCAGCCUGCACCGGGCUUGGAUCCCCCCUUUUGAGGGGCUGCCCCUCUCCAGGCUUGACAAGCCACAGCGGUGGCUGGUGUGGGCCCAGAGGAGCUCUUUAACCCCAUCCUGGCAGGGGAGGGGGCCAGGAGAACCCAUCCUACCACAAGGCAACUUGGUCACUGUCUGUACUUACCUACAAGGGGAACUCAUCGAUAAGCAAGGGCACUUCAAUCUAGCAGAUAAAGUAUAACACAACCCAACGGCUCGAAGUGGAAGCUAGACAAAUUCAGACUAAUACAUUUUAACAGGGACAUUUUAACAUUUUAACCACUGGGACAAUUUACCAAGGGCCGUGGUGGAUUCUCCGUCACUGGCAAUUUUAAAAUCAAGACCGGAUGGGUUUUUUUCUAACAGAUCUGCUCUGAUUCAAGCAGGAAUUAAUGCAGGGAAGUCCUGUGGCCUGUGUUACACAGGUCAGACUAGAUGACCACAAUCAAACCUUCUAGCCUUAUGACCUAGGAAUCAUAGGCCUGGUCUACACCUAAAAAUUCGAUUGACCCAGCCCCAUCACUCAGGGCUGUGAAAAAUGUCACGCCUGGUGUGACGUAGUUAGGUCACCCUAAGCCCCACUGUAGACGCAGCUUCAUCUUCUGUCGGCCUAGCUCCCCCACUCGGCAAGGUGGAUUAUAUACAUCGACGGAAAGACCCCUCCCAUCACGGUAGGGAGCGUCUACACUACGGUGCUGUAGACACUGCCCUACCGAGAGGCUAGACAGCCAGCAUGACUAAAGGAACUCUGCACCAGGGGACGGCCCUUUUGAAGAUGAUGAAGGGGGCUGCUAAAUUGUGCAGGACCUUCCAUUUCAGGGGAUCAGCCCCCCCAGUUUGAAGGUUUCCUGGCACCUGUGGGAGCCCGCGGUGUUUUCGGCACUUUGGAGAGGAGGGUUGAAAUAGUCACUGGAGGGAAAUGAUUCCAUAAUGAAGGGCUGGAUGGGGCCUUGCUGGUGCAGCCCCUAGCGAGGGAUGGCAUGAAGCUGCACUGCCCGGCCAGGAGCAGUGGGAGGCAUUCUGCCUCAUGGGGCCAGAUCCUGAGCUGGUAUAAAUCAGGGUAGCGCCACUGGCUGCAGUGAAGGCCCAGAGCAGUUUGCAGACGCUCAGCGGCUGCGUCCCGGCUGCCUUCUUUGCAGGGUGCAGCGAAGUCCCGCAUGCCCAGACAGCUCCGUUGGUUCAUGCACAGAUGGGGCAGAGUCUUGGCAUUGUCUGCACCAGGGGAACAAGGAGGGAGUAACCCCUGCACACGCCAGGGCUGUAAUUUUCCCUACACUUACAUAAGCCAGGGAAGGGGGUGGGGAUAAGGGUCCUUCCGCCGCCCACCCCCUCCACGCCCCCAUCUAAGGGCUAGGCACCAUCUGGCCCUGCAUGAUUCAUUUUCAUAGCGAACAGCAGAUUUGGAUGAAGGAUACGAUUUGAAACAGACACAGAUUCAUUAGGCCUGAUGCUCUUCUCACUUACCCCAGGGAAACCCUCACCCCCUUGGCUUCAGUGGAAUCGCUCCUGAUUCACCUCGGCGUAGAUGACAUGAGCGUCAGGCCCUGUGAGCUAGGGCUGCGGGUGGUGCUAGAUUGUGUUCUCAUCACAGAAGGGAUUGGAUAUGAUUCCAGUGUACCCCCGAGCGGCCUGCUCUGCUCAUUAGCGUCAGGAGUAAGAAUGGCCUGAGAGUUUCUCUGCAUGCAAAUGAGGGGCAGGAAAUGAUAGGGGGAGUUUACAUGCAUAGUGUCUGAACAGGUAUCCAAAGAGGAUCACCCGGCACCAAACAAGCAUCUUCUGUAGCACAGAGAUUAGACUAGUAAUAAAUGCGGAUCUGAACCCUACAGGACCUCUGCACAAGACAGAGCUGAGCUCCUUUUUCUUUCUGGCUGUGUAUAAACGAGGCGGAAUCUGGCGCAGUGCUCAGGGAACAUGCCAGCGGCAUUUGUAACCCUCGGUGCGUCUGAAUUUUGUAUCCAUUUCCAGAAAGACUGUUUAAAACAAAUACUAAAAUCCCAAGCCCCAGCCGGCAUCCAGGGUUUGCAGACGACUGCUGUGAGAGCACAUAGACGGAGCGAGGACUCGAGAUAAGUAGAUCGUGUUAAGCCAGGUUCUUUCCUUGGCCUCACUCACAGACCGUCCCUUUCCAUUCAGUACUCGGAAACGCUAAUGCCCUUUCACAGCCCAGCAAAAAGACUGUAUCAAAUUCAGCCUCCUUCUGGUUCCUGGCUAAUAAGGGGCAAAAUAAACUCUCCAUCCCCAAUAGCAAAUAGAGACUUAAUUAAUAUAAGAGCUCCCUCUGGUGGUUAACAGGGAAAGUGCUUUCCGUACCCUGGCUGUCUGCCUCUUUUUAUGGCGCUUUUGCUACUUAAUUGUAUUAGAACUGUCCUCGUGUAACUUGGCCUCUCAAGCUGCCUUUCCAGCCUGUAGCUCUUAAUCACGUCCAAAGCCUUCUGGAGCAUUCAGCUUGUGUAAUAUCAUGCGUUUAAUAAAGCGUCUUCCUCCCAGAGAAUCCCAACGCGCUUUGCAAACAGCAGGCCAAAUCCCGAGCGGUGCGGGGCCUUUGCAGCUCCCAGGAACGUCGACGGUAGUUUUGAGAGCUCAGCACCCCUCCAGAUUGGGCCUGCUGUCAAUGAGCAUCAUGUAAGGGAGCAUCUGCUUAGCAGAGCACUGUGCAUCGCCCCCCAGCAGCAUGGGGCAUUCGUACGCUACGGGGUCAGGCUCUCAGAGGCUACAGGGAUCGCGCAGGAAGGAGAGACAUAGGGGGAGGAGGUUGUUGCUUUACCUUGCAAAAGUAAAUUUCCUGAUUCACAACUUCAUCUGACUUUUUUUAAAGCAACCAACCAUAUUGAUUAGCCUCUCCCUUGUUCACCAUCCAACCCCCUGGGAACAAGCUGAUGGCUUUGCACUGCCCCCAGCUCCUGGAGCCAUGCAGAUAGGAGGGGCAAGUGCUCAUGGUGUCUGUAACACUACAGCCGUCCACACAACGCAUAUACACUCUGCGUGGGGCUGGGAGCUGGCCAUGCCCCCAAGGUGGCACAGUCUAGCCCCUGGAGCCUUGGUGCUAAUUCAUUGCUGAUGAUCUUAGCAAAGGUACCCAGGUUUCCAUGGCUCCCACAGGGCCUCACGCACCACCCUGAGUGCCCUACUGCCCCCCAUACUAGCUACCAAAACUCCCAACUUCCCCCUGACAGCUCCUACAAUGCAGGAAGGCCCCAUCAAUACAACCACCUGUGGCACUUAGAACAUCCAGGUUUAGUGUCAAAUAAAUUGAAUUGAAUCACUGACACUCUGUAUUCGGGGGAACACCCUGCACCCCAUGUUCAUCCUUAUAAUAUGAUUGUGUGGUAUCCAAUGCAAAGUUUGUCAUGUCCGGUGUCUUUGGAAGGCUCUGAGCAUUGUUGUUAUAGUAAUGUUAUAGGUUGUAAUUUCAUGUAUAUAGUUAUGAGGCUGAAAAUGUGUCCUCAUCGAGUAAAACAAGCCCAGGCAAAACUCUCCAGGAGCAGAGGGGCAGUUCACACCUCAUCAGGGCAUGAAUGGGACAAACUCAGCCCAGCCUCACAGGAACAAGGGACUCUGGCCUAGGCAGCAACAAAGGAUCUGUUGGACUCUUGAGUGAGUCACCCUCCUUCCCUUUGUCAGUUUGGGACUACGAUGAGGUAAUGCUCACCUGACCCUGAAGUGUGGGGGCUAAGCCAAGAGGGAAGAAAGAACAUGAUAAAAGGGAGAGACGUUUUCCAUGCUCUUCCUCUCUCUUCCACCUCCAUCUACAAGUGAUGGAAGUCCUGAUCAAAGGAGAGAGCCUGGCUGAAGGGCAACCAGCCAGCCUGUGGUGAGAAGCAUCUAAGUUUGUAAGGACACUGAAAGUGUUGAAAUCAGCUUAGAAUGUGUUUUGCUUUUAUUUCAUUUGACCAAAUCUGACUUGUUGUGCUUUGACUUAUAAUCACUUAAAAUCUAUCUUUAUAGUUAAUACAUUUGUUUGUUUAUUCUACCUGAAGCAGUGUGUUUGGUUUGAAGCAUGUCAGAGACUCCCCUUGGGAUAACAAGCCUGGUCCAUAUCAAUUUCUUUGUUAAACUGAUGAACUCAUAUAAGCUUGCAGCUUCCAGUGGGCAUAAUUGGACACUGCAAGAUGGAGGCUCCUCGGGUUGUGUCUGGGACCAGAGAUAUUGAUUAGUGUCAUUCAGUUGCACAAUCCAAGCAGCGGUUGGCCGAAAGUGCUCACUCACGUCGCUGGGAGCAGCUUACAUGCCAGAGGCCGUGUGUGAACAGCCCGGGAGUGGGGGUUCUCACAGCAGAGCAGGGUAAAGCUGGUUCCCAGAGUCGAGGAUCGGAGUGACCUUACAGAUAAUAUCAGGGGAACGUCACAAUCACUUGUAAAUUGACAGCUAUAUAAUGGAGUCAGA